AUAAAAAAUUUAUAUAUUUAUAAAUAUUGGGAGCAAGUUAUUGCCAUAGGAGCUUCCCAUGCCACUAUAUAUAUACAUAUACUUGUGUGGAAACUUCAUGAAAUUAACACACCACCACGCACGCGGUCACCUAACUUCUAACCUCUCAAGACGUCCAAGCAAAAUCGCCACCGCCACCGCCACCGCCACCGCCACCACGAGGACUGCGUCCAAUAUAUAUCAUCUGUUUGUCAAGAAUAUUGUGCAAGUGCAAGGGCAAGGCCGACCAUAAUUUCGCUUUCUUUGUGAAUUGUCUCAUUUUGAGUCGAAGCCUAAAUAAAUGUCUAGUCUCAGAACAAGACCAUCCAAAUCCGCCGUCGACCCAACUGCCGCAACCACCGCUUCAACCGUCGCAGACCAGGACGGGCAGGAAGCCCUGAAUUCUCCGCCGCCGCCGCCCACUCCAGCGCCAACCGCGAUCUCGAAGAUCCUAGGGAGCACGGCCAACUUAGCGAACCUCCUCCCCACGGGCACUCUCCUGGCGUUCCAAUUCCUGACGCCGGUGUUCACCAACAACGGAUCGUGCGACGGCGCCACCGGAUCCUUGACGGUGGCGUUGCUCGUGCUCCUGGCCGCUUCGUGCUUCCUGGCCUGCUUCACUGACAGCGUCAAGACGGACGACGGGCGAGUGUACCACGGCCUCGCCACACUGGACGGGAUGUGGCUUUUCGAUUACGAUAACUCGGGGGAGCUGCCGGAUCUGAGGAAGCACAGGGUGAGGUUGAUCGACGGGGUUCAUGGGGUUCUGACGGUGUUGGUGUUUCUGGCGGUGGCUCUGAGGGACAAAAACGUGGUGGGAUGCUUUUAUCCGAAGCCUGGUCAUGAGGCGCAAGAGGUUUUGGAUAUUGUUCCGAUUGGAAUAGGAGUGAUCUGCAGCUUGUUGUUUGUGGUUUUCCCAACUACGAGAAUUGGGAUUGGUUACUCACUUACGCCGGCGAAAUGAUUUUUCCGCUUCUUCGAUCAGACCAUCGUUGUUACAUGUUGAUGUCUGCAUCUUUCCCUGGCUGCCAGCCAAGCAAGAAAAAACGAAAGAAGAAAAAUGGAUGUCGAUGGAUUUGACUUGAUGUUAUUUGAUUUUCUCUUUCCGUGGAAAAUUGUAAUUUUAAUUUUAUUCAACAAUAGGAGUUGUUUUU